AGAUGGCGGAAGACAAAGAAGCUACGACGAGUUCGCUCAGUCAAGGACUCACUCCUCAAUACCCCGAAGAUGCUCCCAAGUCUCCUCCCAACUCUCCAAAUUCUUCUACUCGCAAGGCUUGCUAUGCUGUUCUGCAGAGUUGGUUAUCCAAGAAGUUUAUGACUGGAAUUGUCGUCCUCUUUCCUGUUGCCGUUACCUUCCUCAUCACUUGGUGGUUUAUCCAGUUCGUUGAUGGUUUCUUCAGUCCGAUAUACGAGAGCCUUGGUGUUGACAUAUUUGGACUUGGAUUCAUUACAUCUGUACUUUUUACUUUCUUUGUCGGAAUAUUUGCUUCGUCCUGGUUGGGUUCUACGGUUUUCUGGCUUGGGGAGCAGUUUAUAAGGCGGAUGCCCUUUGUGAAGCACCUAUAUUCAGCUUCUAAACAAAUUAGCACUGCUAUUUCUCCAGACCAAAACACAACGGCGUUUAAAGAGGUAGCAAUCAUCCGUCAUCCUCGUAUUGGUGAAUACGCAUUUGGAUUUAUUACAUCGUCGGUGACACUUCAGAUGGAUCAAGGAGAAGAAGAGUUGUGUAGUGUGUAUGUGCCGACAAAUCAUCUGUACAUAGGAGAUGUAGUUCUGGUGAAUAGUGACGAAAUUAUAAGGCCAAAUUUAUCGAUCCGAGAAGGAAUAGAGAUUAUAGUAUCGGUGGGGAUGACAAUGCCGCAAGUGAUAGCUCAUGUAGACAGGAGUAAGAGUAAAACUAGUCACCAACACAGUUAUAGGAUUCCUCUAAGCAGAGUU